AGUUCUCUCCAUUGGUGGAUUUCAGGAUUCAGAAGCUUCUGCUGUUAUCCUCGACUAUUUGCGUGUGAAAAUAUUACACUGGCUUGUGUGAUUACUUGCGUUGAACCUUAUUGGAAAAAUGGAGGAGGAGCAGUUCAAUUUGGAAAUUCAAGCCCUUCAUUUGGUUGAGCGAAAUUACAAUGUGAAGGAUGAUGAUGAUCAUACAAAUAGUUCAAUUUUCUCCACUUCUGUUGAAAAAUCUGUACAUGUUCGUCAGCACUGGAAAGAAGCUGCCAAGAAAGCUUUGCAUCUUUCUGAUCCAUGGGAAGAAUUUCAUCUCGAGCAGCUGGAAACUGAAGUUGUGUGUCGCUAUAGAUUCAAUGCAGUGCGUCAGACUUGGGUGAAAGAUGAGGUGUUGGUUAAAAUCGCAAAAGAGCCCUUCGGCCAUGGUGCAAUGAGAUCGUGUUAUAGAUUGAAAAAAUUGUCAACCUUUUGCCACCGUCAGAAUUGGAGAACUGCAUCUAAUUAUGUUGCAAAGAAAUAUAUGGAAGAUGUUGAUCGAAGUGUUUAUUUCGAAGAUGUAAAACUACAAUGUGAAGCUAAAUUAUGGGGAGAAGAAUACAAUAGACAUAACCCACCAAAAAAAGUUGAUAUCUGCCAAAUGAGCGUGAUAGAAUUUUUAAAAAGACCUGGCAAACCUCUUUAUCAUUUGGAACAUUUUAUUGAGGGUGAUUACAUAAAAUAUAACUCAAAUUCUGGAUUUAUAAGUUGUGAGAAAAUGAGACUUACCCCACAAGCUUUCAGUCAUUUUACAUUUGAAAGAUCUGGACAUGAAUUGAUAGUUGUUGAUAUACAAGGAGUAGGUGAUUUGUACACAGAUCCACAGAUUCAUACAGCUUCUGGUAUUGGAUUUGGUGAUGGUAACUUGGGAACACGUGGGAUGGCUUUGUUCUUCCAUUCACAUAUUUGUAACGCUAUUUGUGAAAGUCUUGGUCUUUCGCCUUUUGACUUGGCAACUACUGAAAAGCUACAGAACAACAAAUUGGCUAGUCUUCAGAUGUCCUGCAUAACUAAAGUAAGGGGUACAGAAGACAUCUGCAUCAGCCCAUCAAAUAAAGAACGAUCUCAUUGGAAGGAAUAUAUUCGCUCGCGUUCAGCAUCUGGAAACAGUCCAUCUGGAUCAUUCUCAUUCAUGUCUGAAUCCAGCGAUGGCAGUGUCAUUUCAAACAGAGAAUGCGGUUUUGAUAUCUCAGAAAUCCGGAGUUACACCUUUGAUGAUAAUCAUGAUUAUGAUGAUGAAGAUGCUGGUCUGGGGCCGGAGGAAAACAAUAACCACUUCAUGUUCCACAGCCAUGAUUCCGGUGUUGAGUCUGCCAGGGGAAGAAGACGAAGAUGCGAGUCGGAGUGCAGUAUUACUGAUGAAAAUGAAAUGGUUGAGUUUAGUCAACUCGUUGCAAGACAGUCAAGACCUUCAUGUGUGCAAAAUGCUGAGCAGUUGAUAGAAUUGAGGGAGAGCAACGAAAACAAAAAUUUUGGGAAUUCAGUCUUGGGUUAUAUUCAUAUGGACCUGAUCAAAUACCAUGAAAUGGGUCGCUUUACACCUGAAAGUCAGGAGUAUGAUCAUGAUGCAGCAUUUUAUCAUUUAAAGCAAGCUGCAUGCUGUAGUAAUUUAGAAGCUGUGAAUUUGAUUGCUAAAAUUUAUUUGCAAAUUCCUCAUGAUUUGCUGUGUGACAUUACUGUGCCGGAAACUGCGGAAAACUUUGAGAUAGGAAUGGAUUACAUGAAACAAGCUGCAAAUGCUGGUGACAGAGCUUCUAUGAUCUUUCUUGCCAAAACUUAUGAUAGUGGAGACAAAAUCACCAUGAAAAAUUGGUUUGAAGCUGUGAAUUGGUAUGAGAAAGCUAUCAAGACAGAAGAAGCAGAUGAAGGAGGAGAAUAUGAUGGCUGUAUGGAUAAUCCAAGUUAUGAACUUAUAGCUAGACAAGCUGAAUUGUAUAGAAAAGGUGGUUUUGAGCUGAAGAAAAAUCCCAGCAAAGCAGGUGAAUUAUAUAAUUUAGCUGCAGAAGUUGCUAUGUCAUGUAUGAAAGGAAAAUUGGCUAAUAAGUAUUACAUGCUGGCAGAAGAAACUUUUGCUGAAGUUGAAGAAUAAAUGUUCCUUUAUUUUUAUUUUUACUUUUCAGUCAUUUUCUUCUUUACUUUUGUUUUUCUUUUGAUAGUAUCCUUUACUUUCACUUGGCAUAUUUACUGUUAUUUUGAUUUGAUUCAUGUGGUGAUACUGUGACAACACUUUGUUAUGCAAACAAGUAGCUUAUCAGAAGCUUAUUCAUUUUCCAUUUUGUUAAGUUCAGCAUUUGUAAUUGUUGUAAAGUUGUGAUAUGCACUUUUUUUUUUUUCUAUCUUUCAGAAUAGCUUAUUAGAAUGAUAAUGUUUGACUUGUUUUACAAUUUUUUAACCAAAUGAAACAUUUAGGGAAAAAAUAGUCUUUUUUAUGUUUAGAAAGAUCUGAUUUGAUCUGAAAUUAAGAUUGAUAUGAUUGGAACUUGUUGUAUAGGUUUUCAAUUUUUGAGAAGUGCUAUUAAAAUAGGUUAGAAAUUUUUAUAUGAUACUACUUAAAUCAGAGGUGAUUGUGUUCGGGUAUUUUACCGGAUUUCCGGUAUUUUCAUCUUGAUUUCCGGUAUCUUCAUCUUCGAAAAUACCGGAACUUCUAUAUUUUCAGAAAAACCCACUUUUGUAAAACUUAGGGUGAUGUUUAAUGAAACACCAAAAGUCCAAACUGAAGAAGUUUUGUUUGGUAUAAAGCGUAAGCUACGGUCAUAUUUUGUAAACUCUAUGAUAAUUAUCGAAGAACAGCUGGGUUGGGGGAUGGAAUAAAGGCUAGAUAAGAAGAAUCUAUGAAAAAUUUCAAGAAAUGAGAAAAAUUAAAAGAAUUUAACUCCCACCGUGCACAUGGACGUAUUAAGUCCAAUUAAAGCUUCGAGUUUUAGCCCCAACAAAUAAUUAUGUGUAUAAAUUAUUUAUAUACAUAAUAUAAUGUAUAAAUACACGUAAUAUGUAUAUAUAUAUGCCCAUCAAAACACUUUUUCUUCUUGGAAAAAAAAGUUCAGGUAUUUUUUCAUGGAGUCACAAUCACCCCUGUUAAAUGUUUUCAAUGCACUUCCAGUGCACAGUAGUUAACUAAUGUGAGAGCAGAAUUAUAUUUGUAUGAAAAGUUUCUUUUGAAUUUGUUUAUAAGUUCAAUCCGUUUUUCCAGAUAAACGAGGGUUACAUUUAGAACAAAGCCGC